AUGAUCCGUUUUAUAAUCCAAAUCAGAAUUCCACUGUAUCUCCAUACCAACUUAAUGUACCUUUUUUACCGGUUAAUCGAUCCGAUGGAAAUAAUAACACUAAUCCAGCAACGAGAAAUCCUCUUCUUAGUGGAAUAAACUCUGUCACUCCCUUUCUUGACUUAAAUACUAUUUACGGACUGAGUGAUCAGGACGCGAUAGAAAGGCUUAGAGACACAUCUACCAAUAAAGGAAAAUUGAAGACGUAUAUUUUUAACGGCCAAGAAUUUCCUCCAACAAAUGCCUCGGAUGGUUCAUAUAUUUGGGGUAUUCCUAGACGUGCAUUUACUAUAUUUACUUUGGCUAUCCAGACGAUUUGGAUACGCGAACAUAAUCGAUUAUGUGAAGAAUUGUAUCAACAAUACGGUAGUUCCUGGACUGAUGAACAAUAUUUUCAGGAAGCUAGACGUUGGACUACUGCUUUCUACCAAAAAGCUGUUGCUGAAGAAUAUGUUGGUGCUAUUCUUGGUCGUCCUUUACCAGCCUAUCAAAACUAUAAUCCAAAUCUUACACCAGAUGAAUACGGAGAUACUCUUUAUAAUUUAGCUUUGAACGAUCUUAGCAACCUAACGCUUUUAGAACAACUUGGUUUAGAAAGAGUACUUUGGUCUAUGAUUCUUCAACGCCAGGAAGAAGUUGAUAGUUUUUUAGCCAAUUCAACUAAAAAAGUUAUUAAUUUUGAUCAUAUUCUUGAUCUAGCAGCUACCGAUAUUAUAAGGAGUAGGGAUCGUGGCAUUCCCUUGUAUAAUGAGGCUCGACAAUAUUUUGGAUUUCCUAAAGCUCAAUCAUUUGCUGACAUUUCCAAAAAUCCUAUCAUUCAACAAAAUUUGGCUAAAAUCUAUCCAAAUGAAGCGUUUGUUGGUGCGUUGAGUGAAGAUCAUUUAGAUGGUUCAAAUUUUGGCAUGAUUUUGAAUGCAAGCUUGGUGACGCAGCCUGAUAUGUUUACUUCUGAUGAACAAAAUAUCAUAAGAAAUACGACACUUCGAAAUAUCAUAACUCGUAACAUUAAUAGUAAUGUAAAUUUCCCACAAAAUAUUUGGUCCGUCCAGCCUCAAAAAUCACUUAGCAAUGGUGAUGAUAGUAAUUAUCCAACCAAGAUUAGCACUUGGAGUCAAUAUAUUGUGAGCUGUAGAGUUGAUUUGAAUUAUGUGUAUUUCAAAGUUCAGCUUCAAACUUCUGAAGGCAAUGGUUGGUUUGGAAUGGGGUUUAGUCCAGAGGAUGAAGGAAUGAAAGGUGCUGAAUUUAUCAUUGGCAUUGUUUCCAAUGGAAAUGUCACAUUGGAAAAUUAUCAUGCUGAUGUGGGUGGUUACCAUCCUCCCAUUCGUGAUUCCGAUCAAGAUCCUACUAUUGUACCAAAGGUUUCUAUGGCUGAUAACAGUGCUGUGACCGUAGAGUUCAAAAGACUUCUCAAGCCGCCAGCAGUUUUUUACCGAUUAUUUUGUAUUAAAUAUGAUACUAUUGCCGAAAACAAUACGGUACAUACUUAUAUUAGUUAUGACGAUUAUUCUAAAUUACCCGAUUUUACAUGGGAAGAAAUUAAUGAACGAGUUCAACAUGGGGCUUAUUUGGUUGUUUGCGAUGGACUUGUAGUAGACAUUCGCAGUUUUAGUGAGGCCCACCCAGAGACAGAUUCUUCAGAAGCUUUAUUAAUUCCAAAAGAUAUACCUUCUAAAAAGUACCCGUCUGUGCUUGCAAAACAUAUUGAUCAUCUUCAAGGAAAACCAGAACCUCGAACUAAACUGACAGCUGCCAAAUUCAUCGAUAACAUUAAUGGAAAAUUUUAUUCUAGAAAACCGUUGGCGCAACACGCUCAUAGCAGAUUUGCUAUGCAACAAAUAGUGUCAAUGGUUAUAGGCAAAGUAAAUGAAGAAAUGAAGGUGAACGAAAAAGAACAUGUGGUCCAAGGUGGUACUUUUCAAACUCUAGAUAGCAAACCUGUUGGGAUAGACACAAAAAGUAUCAAAUUUCACCGUUAUAGGCUUACAAGCAAAAAAAUGAUUAAUGCGAAUGUUGAAUAUCCUGUGAUGAAGUUUACAUUUUCCAAAAUACAUCAAGACGAAAAAGAUGUUUCCUCUGAAAAAUUCUUACCUGGACAUUACAUUGAGGCGCAAUCUAGAGUAAAUGGACAAAUUGUGAUUAGAAGCUAUACUCCUUUGGACGGGUAUGAAAUUCAAGCACGUGGUCCAUUUGAUGCUUGUGAUAGACUAUCAGAGCCUCGUCAGAGCAUUUUACCAUCCGCAAAGCCUCGCACUCCUCACACUAAACUUACUGGAAUGUCAUCUACGGAAAAAACUUCUUUAUUAAAUCCAGAUAGCCCAGAUGGUUGUUGGGAUGAAUUAUAUAUGAUUGCAG